AUGGCUUCGAGCAUACUCAAAAUUCCGUUUCGACGGUCCCAUCCCGUUUCCCUAUCCGAUGCCCUGGCGCAAUACAUUUCUUCCAAAUAUGACCAACACCCGGAUAUGUUCUCGGAGGACCUCCUGAUCAUCAACCGAUUACGCACCGAUGCUAUCAACGUGCAAGAGCCUCAUGUGAGCGGGAUAAGCAGAUUGGUUAUGUACGCGGCGCAAUUGAAGUGGAUCAGUGGAAAGUUCCCUAUUGAUGUUGGCGCGGAUUUUUCAUGGUAUCCAGCUUUCGGAUUCAAUACUACACGACCAGUCUCCCAGAACAAUAUCCGGUACGAACUAGCAAAUGUUCUGUUCAACCUCGCCGCACUUUAUUCGCAGCUCGCCAUCUCCCUGAAUACGUCGGAUCCGAGUAACUUAAAGGUAGCAUGCAAGUACUUUUGCCAGUCUGCUGGAGUCAUUGCACAUCUGCGAAUGGAUAUCCUACCGGAUUUGCGAAGCUCUCGGCCGGAAGAUAUGGAUGAAAUGACAUUGCGAAGUCUAGAAGAGCUCAUGCUGGCACAGGCCCAAGAAUGUUUCUGGCAAAAGGCGAUAAAAGAUGGCCUGAAAGAUGCUUCUAUCGCCCGACUCGCUGCUAAAGUGUCGGAUUUUUAUGCUAAUUCGGGCGACUCUGCUGUGAAAUCUGACGCUAUAAGCACGGAAUGGAUUCAUCAUAUGACUGCCAAACAUCAUCAUUUUGCUGCGGCUGCCCAAUAUAGGCAGUCUCUGGAUUGUUUGGAGAAGAGGAAAUACGGAGAGGAAGUGGCGCGGCUACGUGAUAGUCUCACUUGUGUCAAUGAAUCACUCAAAGAAUCGAAAUGGAUCAAUAAAAUUGUCCUCGGUGACUUGAAUGCGCUCAAAGUCCGAGUGAGCGAAGACUUGAAAAGGGCCGAACGUGACAACGACAAGAUAUAUCUGAACCUUGUGCCUCCAAAGUCGGAAUUGAAACUACUCGAGCGGGCUUCCAUGGUUGCUGCCAAGGCACCGAACGAGGUUACAGAGGCUUUGUCCCUGAUUGGUGAAGGAGCUCCUCUCGGUAGGCCGUUGUUUGCCAAGUUGGUCCCGUACGCAGUGCACAUCGCCGCGAGCAUAUAUGCUGAUCGACGAGAUCGUCUCGUUGAUCGGACAAUUGGGGAGUUGGAGUCAAUGACUCUGAGACUCCGGGAUCUACUUCAGUCGUUGAACCUUCCAGGAUCUCUACAGGCUCUUGAGAAACCGCUUGGGCUACCCCCAUCUCUAGUAUCACAUGCGGAAGAAAUACGGCAACAAGACGGCCUAAAUCGCCUUCACCGGUCAUUAGAAGACACAUCGAAGCUUAAAGCUAACGAUAGGGCCAUAUACACAGAAGGAGUUGAACUUUUAAGGGCGGAAAAAGAAGAAGACGAGCGAGCACGGUCUAAAUAUGGCACAGACAGAUGGUCAAGGAGCCCCUCCGAGCAGGCAGCAGAGAAACUUUACACAAGUGUCCGUGAAAUCGAUGGGUAUUUGGCGUCCGCCCACAAUAGUGACAACUUGAUCCAUAAGAAACUGCGAGAAUUUGAGCGUGUUCUUCGUGUCUUAACAGGCACAAAUCGAGAUUUGGAAGCGUAUGUUCCUAGCAGCAAAAAGGCUACGGUCACUCCACAAGUGGAGCGAGAAUCGAGUCGGCUCAGGGGUUCACUGAAUGAAGUGGCCAGGCUGGAGAAUCGCCGCAGACGCAAAAUUGAAGCCUUGAGAGAAAAGGCAAAGGUUGAUAAAAUUCAUUCGGCGUUGGUUAGGGAAACUUCCCGACUAGAACGAGAACAUCCGAUGCAGACCAUCGAGCCCAGCCAGUUCGAGGAUCUCUUUGAAGAACAUCUGCGCCUCUACGACAGUGACCGCGACAUGCUCGUUGAGGAACAAAAUAACCAGACGCAAAUAGAAACUCAGCUCCGAGAAGCUAACAAAGCGUUCAUAACAGCCAGAAAAGGCGAUUCGUCAACUAAGGAGCGUGAAAAGGCCCUACAGGACCUAGAAACAGGGUAUAUCAAGUAUAAAGAGAUCAUAUCCAAUAUCGACGGGGGAAGGAAGUUCUACAAUGACUUGGCGAAGCUGGUGAGCCGGUUUAGGGAAGACUGUAAAAAGUUCGUGCAGCAGAGACGGAUGGAAGCAAGCCAGAUGGAGACUGAUAUCACCAACGUCUCGGCUAUGGCAUCUCUGAACCUAUCUCAACCUUAUGCCCCUAUCCAAUUCCAAUCACCUCCCCUCAACGCACCCCAACCAUCCAGUCCAUCUCCAUUCCCUGCCCAACAGCAAGAACCCAGUUCACCACUCACGGCACCACAGCCCACCCGCGCACCAACCCAAGCCCAACUCCGCGCCUUUCCGCCUCCUCAGACGCCCGCGCCCUCGGGAACAGGCACGAUGCCCGCGUUUCCAAACAUACCCUCGACCGUCAUGGCGGGCAUGUGGACUCCCGAAAGAGGAAUAAAAUUCGGUGCGCCGACGCAGAUGAACCUGGAUUCGCGGAUCUCGGGCCCGGGUUUCCCAGCUAAUGCGAACGCGGUUGGAGACUCGGGGGACAAUGAACGGCGGCCAAUCCCAGGAACAUGGGAUCCUACCAAUGGGCUGAGGUUCUCGUGA